AUGACCAGAUUAAUAAUCGAAGCUGCAAACAAGAUAAAAACAGAAUGGCGCAUGUGUGGUGACACAGGGACAAAGAAGCCUAAACCUACCGAAGGUGGCAAUGAUGGUGACACAGGGACAAAGAAACCUAAACCAACCAAAGGUGAUAAUGGUGGUGACACAGGGACAAAGAAGCCUAAACCUACCGAAGGUGGUAAUGGUGGUGACACAGGGACAAAGAAGCCUAAACCUACCGAAGCUGGUAAUGGUGGUGACACAGGGACAAAGAAGCCUAAACCUACCGAAGGUGGUAAUGGUGGUGACACAGGGACAAAGAAGCCUAAACCUACCGAAGGUGGUAAUGGUGGAGACACAGGGACAAAGAAACCUAAACCAACCAAAGGUGAUAAUGGUGGUGACACAGGGACAAAGAAGCCUAAACCUACCGAAGGUGGUAAUGGUGGUGACACAGGGACAAAGAAGCCUAAACCUACCGAAGGUGGUAAUGGUGGAGACACAGGGACAAAGAAACCUAAACCAACCAAAGGUGAUAAUGGUGGUGACACAGGGACAAAGAAGCCUAAACCUACCGAAGGUGGUAAUGGUGGUGACACAGGGACAAAGAAGCCUAAACCUACCGAAGGUGGUAAUGGUGGAGACACAGGGACAAAGAAACCUAAACCAACCAAAGGUGAUAAUGGUGGUGACACAGGGACAAAGAAGCCUAAACCUACCGAAGGUGGUAAUGGUGGUGACACAGGGACAAAGAAACCUAGACCAACCAAAGGUGAUAAUGGUGGUGACACAGGGACAAAGAAGCCUAAACCUACCGAAGGUGGUAAUGGUGGUGACACAGGGACAAAGAAGCCUAAACCUACCGAAGGUGGUAAUGGUGGUGACACAGGGACAAAGAAACCUAAACCAACCAAAGGUGAUAAUGGUGGUGACACAGGGACAAAGAAGCCUAAACCUACCGAAGGUGGUAAUGGUGGUGACACAGGGACAAAGAAGCCUAAACCAACCAAAGGUGAUAAUGGUGGUGACACAGGGACAAAGAAGCCUAAACCUAACGAAGGUGGUAAUGGUGGUGACACAGGGACAAAGAAGCCUAAACCUACCGAAGGUGGUAAUGGUGGUGACACAGGGACAAAGAAGCCUAAACCUACCGAAGGUGGUAAUGGUGGUGACACAGGGACAAAGAAGCCUAAACCUACCGAAGGUGGUAAUGGUGGUGACACAGGGACAAAGAAACCUAGACCAACCAAAGGUGAUAAUGGUGGUGACACAGGGACAAAGAAGCCUAAACCUACCGAAGGUGGUAAUGGUGGUGACACAGGGACAAGGAAACCUAAACCAACCAAAGGUGAUAAUGGUGGUGACACAGGGACAAAAAAGCCUAACCCUACCGAAGGUGGUAAUGGUGGUGACACAGGGACAAAGAAACCUAAACCUACCGAAGGUGGUAAAGGUGGUGACACAGGGACAAAGAAGCCUAAACCUACCGAAGGUGGUAAUGGUGGUGACACAGGGACAAAGAAACCUAAACCAACCAAAGGUGAUAAUGGUGGUGACACAGGGACAAAAAAGCCUAACCCUACCGAAGGUGGUAAUGGUGGUGACACAGGGACAAAGAAACCUAAACCAACCAAAGGUGAUAAUGGUGGUGACACAGGGACAAAGAAGCCUAAACCUACCGAAGGUGGUAAUGGUGGUGACACAGGGACAAAGAAACCUAAACCAACCAAAGGUGAUAAUGGUGGUGACACAGGGACAAAGAAACCUAAACCAACCAAAGGUGAUAAUGGUGGUGACACAGGGACAAAGAAGCCUAAACCUACCGAAGGUGGUAAUGGUGGUGACACAGGGACAAAGAAACCUAAACCAACCAAAGGUGAUAAUGGUGGUGACACAGGGACAAAGAAGCCUAAACCUACCGAAGGUGGUAAUGGUGGUGACACAGGGACAAAGAAACCUAAACCAACCAAAGGUGAUAAUGGUGGUGACACAGGGACAAAGAAGCCUAAACCUACCGAAGGUGGUAAUGGUGGUGACACAGGGACAAAGAAACCUAAACCAACCAAAGGUGAUAAUGGUGGUGACACAGGGACAAAGAAACCUAAACCAACCAAAGGUGAUAAUGGUGGUGACACAGGGACAAAGAAGCCUAAACCUACCGAAGGUGGUAAUGGUGGUGACACAGGGACAAAGAAACCUAAACCAACCAAAGGUGAUAAUGGUGGUGACACAGGGACAAAGAAGCCUAAACCUACCGAAGGUGGUAAUGGUGGUGACACAGGGACAAAGAAACCUAAACCAACCAAAGGUGAUAAUGGUGGUGACACAGGGACAAAGAAGCCUAAACCUACCGAAGGUGGUAAUGGUGGUGACACAGGGACAAAGAAACCUAAACCAACCAAAGGUGAUAAUGGUGGUGACACAGGGACAAAGAAACCUAAACCAACCAAAGGUGAUAAUGGUGGUGACACAGGGACAAAGAAGCCUAAACCUACCGAAGGUGGUAAUGGUGGUGACACAGGGACAAAGAAACCUAAACCAACCAAAGGUGAUAAUGGUGGUGACACAGGGACAAAGAAGCCUAAACCUACCGAAGGUGGUAAUGGUGGUGACACAGGGACAAAGAAACCUAAACCAACCAAAGGUGAUAAUGGUGGUGACACAGGGACAAAGAAGCCUAAACCUACCGAAGGUGGUAAUGGUGGUGACACAGGGACAAAGAAACCUAAACCAACCAAAGGUGAUAAUGGUGGCGACACAGGGACAAAGAAGCCUAAACCUACCGAAGGUGGUAAUGGUGGUGACACAGGGACAAAGAAGCCUAAACCUACCGAAGGUGGUAAUGGUGGUGACACAGGGACAAAGAAGCCUAAACCUACCGAAGGUGGUAAUGGUGAGUAA